AUGGCUUCAGGGUUGAGUAUUCUUUUGGAGUCACUGGAUAGUGGCACGGAGCGAAGCCAUGAGUUUGCAGUUUCGGCUUUGCUGUAUGUUGCAAGGAGCAGCCAGAACUGGAAGGAGCUGUUGCUGUCGGAGGGGCCUCUUCCAUCUGUAAAGGCUGUUGCCAUGCGAGGCAGCCCUCGAGCAAGACACAAGGCGCAGAAGCUGUAUGACCUUCUAAGGGGUUGA